AUGUCUUCCACAACCCCUGGGUCGGGCUCUCCGUCGCGCACCUCCACGCCCGUGCUCACCCACACCAGCAGCCAUACGUCGGUCAAGGAAACGUCGUAUGUCAACCUCGACUACGACCCCGUCUCCGGACGCACCACGCUCAACACGUACGAAGUCAUCAAGGAGCUGGGCCGAGGCCAACACGGCAAGGUCAAGCUAGGACGAGACCUGACCACGGGCGAGUACGUGGCCAUCAAGGUCGUGGAUCGCCUGGGAAAACCCAAGCUCGGCAAGUACGCCCAGCUGCGCAAAGAUCCGUCGGACAGAAACGUGCACGAAGAGGCUGUCAAACGCGAAAUUGCCAUUCUCAAAAAAUGCGAACACCCACACAUUGUGCGACUGCUGGAGGUAAUGGAUGACGUCAAGUCGCGCAAAAUCUUCAUGGUGUUGGAAUACUGCGAAGGAGGCGAACUGGUGUGGCAGAACGACGACGGUACGCCCUCCAUGACCAUGGACGAAGCCAGACAGGUGUUCAGAGACGUGCUCUUAGGUCUGGAGUACCUGCACUUUCAGGGAAUCAUUCACAGAGAUAUCAAGCCCGCAAAUCUGCUCCUGUGCCACAAACAGGUCAAGAUUUCGGACUUUGGCGUGUCUUUCACCUCUGCCGGAGAUACCACAGAUGAGAUUGAGCUGGCCAAAACAGCAGGAACCCCUGCCUUCUUUGCACCGGAGCUGUGCCAAAACAACCCCGGUAAGGGCAACUGCGUCACCAACAAAAUUGACAUUUGGGCCCUGGGCGUCACUCUGUAUUGUCUGCUGUUUGGAAAAGUGCCCUUCUCUGCCGACUCUGAAUACGAACUAUUCGAGGUCAUUUGCAGAGACCAAGUCACCUUCCCCGAUACAGACGACGACGCCAGUGGUAGCACAAAGACAGAUAGCGCCCCCGGUAGCGCAAUCAGCACCACUGCGCCCCAGUCUCUUUCCGUGCAAACAUCCUCUUUCUCUCCCACUUCGGAGUCUUCGCAGUUCUCCCAGAGCUCCGAGAGCGAACGAAGCAUCACCUCCCCCACCUCCCAGGCAUCUUCUUUUUCCACAGCAUCUCUUUUGACAUCAUCCCGCCACGGCUCCAGGGCCAAUCUUUCUGGAGCCACCUCUCGAGCGACUAGCAGAGACGCCACAACAGCGCACUCGAAUGCCACAGCCACACGAGAGCCUCGAGAUCUGUCGCAAGCGCGAAUGUCGUCACGAUCGUCACUAUCACGGUACUUUCACCGGGAGAGACACGACUCGUCGUCUUCUCAGUUGAGCUCUCCUCAGCAACAUCAUCUCAGUAAGCCCGAACUCCCACCUAUUCAGGCUUCGGCCAAUACGGACAUGCAGCUUGCGCACGAUCUCAUUCUCAAGCUGCUCGAAAAGGACCCUAACAAACGCAUCACAAUCCAGGAAAUCAAGGAUCACCCAUGGACGCAAAUGAACAUGUGCAACGAGGAGGCCAGGGAGUUCAACGAGGCCUCCAACGACGAGCAGCGUAUCGAAAUCACCAACGAGGACCUGCAGACCGCUGUCAGCGGCAUUGGCUCGAAAAUCAGAAAGGGCCUCACCAAGCUGGGCACAUCUGCGUUGGCCUUUGCUGGAAUAAAGCGCCGGGGAAGCGGAGCCUCUACCACAGCUUCAACUACCCGAGGCUCCACUCCUGUGGGCUCUCCUGCAUCUUUCCAGCCCGGAACCUCGGCGGCAACCUCGGCGUCUACGUCAUGUAUUCCAGACUCUCUUCCCGAGCCUUUGCCCUCUUCUGUUAUGUCGAACCAAAGUGCUCCCCCCAUGUCUGCAUCGACUACAAAUGUGCCCGACCACAACCCACCCCCGCAGAUGGUUAUCAAUCCUCCCGUGGUUGGCUUUUCUGCUGAUGACGAUGACGACGACUUGGAAACACCCACCAUCAAGGGCAUGCCCAAAUUUGGAGACACUGUCAUCACUGAGGGUCUUCUUAAGUCGUCACUAGCGUCCGAGAUCUUUGAUCUUCAGAACGGACCCUGGGCCCAGUCGUCCGACAUUGCGUCCCCUCGUUUCCCUCCCAUUCUCAGUUCUAGACAACUGCGUCAAGAACCACAGGCAUAUACAUCUCUGGACCCUGGCCGAGCAUCGUCCGACCGUGCCUCGCCUUCGUACGAGAAAAAGUCGUUUGAUGCUCCCCAGCGGCCCUCCUACGACCGACAAAACUCCGGUGGUUCUCGUUUGGACCCCGGAAGCCGGUCGUUCCUUCCCCUGACCUCAGCCGAGCGUCCUCCUCACAUCAUUGAGCGUCCCUCUGUCUCGCGAGGUCUCUCCAUCGACUCCAACGACUCCUCCAUCUCUUCGUCUUCUUCUACGGGCGAACUGGAGCUCGUUGUGGGCCGGAAGGGACCCGGCGAGUUCUCUUCUUCCAUCACUUCUGGAGGAGGAGACACGUCCGACAUGCGACGUCCUCGUCUCGUGUCGGACUCCCAGAUUGAUCGCACCUUUGAACGGUCUCAUAACGAAGCUGUCAUGCCCAACAUUGAGGACAUUGAAAUGGAAGAUCCCUUUGGUGGCGAGCCAGACAACAUGUCCACCAUCCACUCUGCGCACCCCAGCAUUUCUAGCGAAGCCCGGAGCUUGGCAGCAGGAAGCACAACCAGCGCAGGCAGCGAUGGAGGCGGACGAAAACGGUCGUCGACCAUUACAAACGGAAUCUUGCAGAGACAACGACCCACGUUUGAUUUAUAG